UCCAUCCUUACUAUUUCUCUCUACUCAAUGUACAGAUGGGCAAAUCUUAAAAAACUCGUCGGUCAUAUCAAUUAUUUUGGAAAAAUUCUAGGUCCGCAAACUGUGCGAGUCAUGGCCCUUGAAGAUAACAGUGACUUGAAUUUGAUGAUUGAAUCUAAUAGACUAUCAACGUUUAGAAACUGGCCGAAUCCAAAUAUUUCACCUGAAUCCUUGGCGAAGGCGGGGUUUUUUUAUUUGAAUCGGUCGGACGAAGUAAAGUGUGCUUGGUGUAAGGGUGUGAUAGCCCAAUGGGAAAAGCAAGAUGAUGCUUUCCAAGAACAUAGACGUUUCUUUCCAGAAUGUCCACGCGCUCAACUUGGGCCUUUAAUCGAAAUAGCAAGUGCUGGAAUCAGAGAUUUGGGUAUACAGGAAAUUUUACCGGCAAAAAAUCCCAAAUUUUCGUCCUUAGAUGCUAGACUACGCACUUAUACUAAUUGGCCAAUUCCGAAUAUUCAAGAGCCUGAAAUGUUAGCGCAGGCAGGACUUUACUACCAAGAAGUAGACGACCAAGUCCGGUGCUUUCAUUGCAACAUGGGACUGAGAUCGUGGGAAAAGGAAGACGAUCCUUGGUUUGAACACGCCAAGUGGUAUCCAAUGUGCCAUUUUGUACGCUUGGUAAAAGGCGCUAACUAUGUACAAGAAGUCCAGGAAUUGACCAGAUCCAGCGCAUCGCACAGUGCAGACUCUCCCUGCAUGACCAUAGAAGAGGCAAUGCUAACGGCUCCUGUGCGGUUAGCUCUAGAAAUGGGUGUAAAUGGUGGAAUUAUUCGAAAUGAGACUCUUCGACAACUGAAUCAGUCAGGUAAACCUUAUGCAAAUGUUGAUGACCUAUUAAAGGCUGUGUUUGACGAAAGGAAAGAUAUAGAAGAACGAAAUAGUGGAGAUAUAACAUUCUCAUCCUACGGAAGCGAUUGUGCAGGAUAUAUUAACAAUCACACUUUCCCAGUUUCAACCGACAAUAGUAGUAUAACACUGCAGGGCGACAAUAGUAGUUCUUCGACUACUAAUUGUUCAAGCACUAUUGAAAGGAAUUCUAGACAACCUGAAUCAUCAUCAGCAAACCCAGCCAUACAGCAAAAGCCCUGUAAUGUGAACAUUGGAACAAACUUGGUUGAUGAACCAGUGAAAGAAUCUUCUUUAUCCCUGGAAGAGGAAAAUCGAAAAUUGAAAGACGCUCGACUCUGCAAAAUAUGUUUAGAUGAAGAAGUCGCUGUUGUAUACCUGCCAUGUGGCCAUUUAGUUACUUGUGUUCAGUGUGCACCUGGAGUUGUCCAAUGUCCAAUGUGUCGCACUACCAUUAAAGGUUUUGUGCGGACAUUUCUUUCCUAGAAUAAUUUUUGUUAAAAAGAAAUUCUAAUAGUAUUUCUCUUUGAAACUUUUGAAUAAAUAUGUAUGUUUAAUGUAAAAAAAUGGAGCUUGUUUUAGAUAAUAAAAUUCUCUUGUUGAAAUCGUA